UACAAAACCAUUCAACGGAAUAAAAAAAAAAAACAAGCCUUGGUUUCUAAUUUUACAAGAUAAGUAAACUAUAAAAAUUCACAUACACCAUGGCCAUGUCUUAUGCAAUAGCACCAAUUGGUGGUAUUAAACCAACUUCUUUACCUUCAAUCAAAAAAAUCUGCAGGAUUAAUCAAAAUGGUUUUACUAAUUUGAUCAAUCAUAAUGUUAAUAGAUCAUCAUCAAAUAAAUGGUGUUCUUCUUCUCUUACUGUUAAGAGUUUGAAGAGGGUGGCUGAAGCUGUAACUGCACCAGCUGAGGUUGUUCUUGUUGAUGGUCUCCAACCUGCACUUAUCACUCCACCUACUGAUUUGAGAAGGGAUGAUUUCCCUUCCAACUUUAAAUUUGGUGCUUCUACUUCUGCUCUUCAGACUGAGGGAGGAGGAACUGAAGGUGGAAGAGGACCAAGUACUUGGGAUUUCAUGAUUCAAGCUAACAAAGGGAAGAUAGCUGUGGACUCCUACAAUAUGUACAAGGAAGAUGUGAAGCUAUUGAAAGCUAUGGGCAUGAAUUCUUACCGUUUCUCCAUCGCUUGGCCAAGAAUUCUCCCUCAGGGAACUGAAGAAGAUGGUCCAAUCAACCAAGAGGGCAUUGAUUUUUACAACAAUUUCAUUGAUGCUUUGAUAGCCGAAGGUAUUGAACCAGUUAUCACCUUAUUCCAUUUCGAUCUUCCGGUGGCCCUUCAGAACAAGUAUUAUGGCUUCAUGGACAAACAGAUUGUAGAGGACUUCAAGAAGUAUGCUGAUAUUUGUUAUGCCAACUUUGGUGAUCGAGUAAAAUAUUGGUCGACAAUUAAUGAACCCUAUGUAUUUGGGUCAUUUGGCUACAAAAUGGGUUUGCCUAAAGAAAUUCAGGAUAACCCACUUGGCCCAUACAUUGCCACUCAUAAUAUCAUCUUAGCUCAUGCAGCUGCUGCUAAAGUCUAUCACGACAAAUACCAGAAAAAACAAAAGGGUAAAAUUGGAAUUUCAUUGCCAUGUAAAUGGUAUGAACCUUACUCAUCUGACCUCACGGAUCAAGUUGCUGCCCAAAAGCAUUUGGACUUCAUGUUGGGUUGGUAUAUGGACCCAUUUGUGAAAGGAGAUUAUCCGACGUCAAUGAAGGAAGCUAUAAAAGGACUGCCUAAGUUCACCAAAGAGGAAACGAAAAUGGUGAAAGAAGCUUGUGAUUUCAUUGGUGUCAAUUAUUACACUGCUAGAUUUGCCAAGCAAUCCGCCACUGUCGAUGCACAAAAAGGAAAAAUCACAGUGGAGUACGCUGAAUCAAUAGUGAAUGUAGAUGGAAAAAUAAUUGGUGAACAAGCGCAAGGACAAGAAGAUAUCUAUGUUAACCCUGCGGGUCUCAAGAAUUUGCUUCUUUACAUCAAAGAAAAAUAUAAUGACCCUGAGCUUUACGUCACUGAAAAUGGUGUUCCUGAAAAGCCAACAGUAUCAGCAUCAGUUAUGGAUUUAAUUAAGCAAGGAAAAACUGAAGAAUUGAAAGCUGCAUUUUUUGAUGACAAGAGACUUGAGCAUGCCGAAGAUCACCUCCUUUCCAUCCGUGAAGCUAUCAAGCAAGGUGCCAAUGUGAAAGGAUACUUUGUGUGGUCUUUAAUGGACAAUAUGGAAGUGGGAGCAGGCUAUGAUGUUCGGUUUGGACUAAACUUCACAGAUUACUUUGACCACCACAAAAGAUACCCAAAGAAGUCGGCCAAAUGGUUCACAAAUCUGCUCGCUCAACCUUCUAAGAACAAAAACUAAGCUCAAUAUGCUCAUCUUUGUGCACUCGUGUCUGUCUCAUUGAAUAAAUAUGUAGUGCUCAAUAUCAUGUCUUCGAUUUGAACGAUUUUACAUCUCUAAUGUUGUGUUUAUCUUUCUUAAUUUAUGUCCUCGCAAUGUUGUUCAUUAAAUUUACUCAUUCUCGUUUUGUCACUCAUAUUGGGACUUAAUAAGAUACUUGUAUUUUUUUUAAUUUAAUAUUUCAAACUGAUUUUAAAA